GAAGCUUCAACACAAUAGGAACACUGGAGUUAUGAAGGCUCGACGGAUGAGUGGCGCUGUCCUUUCAGCACCAGCUCGCGCUCAAUGACACCCUUAAAAAAACCUGUCUGACACCCUCAAACCCGAGCCGGGGGUCAGGAUAUUGGGUUAUUUGAAGGAAGACGCGUUCGCAUCUGUCCUUAGAAGUCAUUCAAGUGCACAAAGGGGUUUUGGAUCCCCAUUGUUGAUCUGACGGUGGCAUGGACACUUUUGACGCGCACCUGGCACGAUCGUAAACAUAUUUGCACUCUUUGAAUUUUCUGGAUAUGGGUCCCAGCGGUAUGAUGACGGUCAGUGGGCUGGAGAUAUGACUAGAGAGGGACGCGAUGGGCCAAGGGGACGACAAGGAUCGCAUCGUGAUCAACGUCGGAGGAAUCAAGCACCAGACGUACCGGAGCACCCUGCGCACCCUGCCCGGCACUCGGCUUUCCUGGCUGGCGGAGCCCGACGCGCCGACCAACUUCGAUUAUGAUGCGAACAUCGGAGAGUUUUUCUUCGACCGUCACCCGGGCGUUUUCGCCCACAUCCUUAACUAUUACCGCACUGGCAAGCUGCAUUGCCCGGCGGACGUGUGCGGACCCUUGUAUGAGGAGGAGCUGGCGUUUUGGGGGAUCGACGAGACGGAUGUGGAACCGUGUUGUUGGAUGACCUACCGGCAGCAUCGAGAGGCGGAGGAGGCUUUGGACAGCUUCGCCGGGGGUGCUCUCGACCUCGGCCAUGAAGACCCGGAGCCUGAGGGGGUCGUUGAGGCAGCCGAGGGGGAUGAAGGUGUUGAGAUGACCCGGAGACUGGCGCAAGGCGACUCGCCCGAUAACAGGUCCGGGCGCUGGAGCAGGUGGCAGAAGAAGGCGUGGGCGCUCUUUGAAGACCCGUAUUCCUCAAAAUACGCACGGUGGGUAGCAUUUGCAUCUUUGUUCUUCAUUUUGGUAUCCAUUACCACAUUCUGUUUGGAGACUCAUGAGGCCUUCAAUCCCAUCGUCAACCACACAUAUUUCUAUACGGUCGGCAAUGAAACUCGGGAGCAAGUCAUCCCUGAGACGGAGACCAUGGUGCAGUUAACCUACGUUGAGGGUGUCUGCGUUGUGUGGUUCACUAUUGAGUUUCUGAUCCGAGUGACUACCUGUCCUAACAAAUUAAAGUUUGUCAGAAACACCCUCAACAUCAUUGACUUUGUGGCCAUCCUCCCCUUCUACCUUGAGGUGGGGCUGAGCGGACUCUCCUCCAAAGCAGCGAAAGACGUGUUGGGUUUCCUCCGUGUGGUGCGAUUCGUUCGAAUUCUCCGUAUCUUCAAGUUGACACGGCACUUUGUGGGUUUGCGGGUACUGGGGCACACACUCCGUGCCAGUACCAAUGAAUUUAUCCUCCUCAUCAUUUUCCUGGCACUCGGAGUCUUGAUCUUUGCUACUAUGAUCUACUAUGCUGAACGUAUCGGAAGAAACCCCAAUGAUCCCAACGCUAGUAACGACACACACUUCAAGAACAUCCCCAUUGGCUUCUGGUGGGCUGUGGUAACAAUGACAACCCUCGGCUAUGGCGAUAUGUACCCUCAGACGACGUCUGGUAUGCUGGUGGGCGCACUGUGCGCCCUUUCAGGUGUGCUGACGAUCGCCAUGCCUGUCCCUGUCAUUGUCAACAACUUCGGCAUGUACUACUCCCUAGCCAUGGCGAAACAAAAACUACCAAAGAAAAAAAAUAAGCAUAUCCCACGAGCACCUCAACUGGGGUCUCCUAACUACUGCAAGUCAGCCAUUAACUCCCCACGACCCAGCACGCACAGCGAAGCAUGCCCCCUGGCACAGGAAGAGGUUUCCGAGAUCAGAUACCAAGAUUUUAAAGUGAACGGGGAGCCAUCUAAAGCUGCCCUGGCCAAUGAGGAUUGUCCUCACAUCGACCAGGCGGUGUCGCCAGAGGAAGUCUUCAGCCCCGUGGACCGUGAGAGACCCUGCUUCCUGCUCACUUCCGGAGGAGAACGAGCCAAUCACACGGGGGGGAGAGUCAGGAAGGAGACCCGGCGUGCCAACCGAAGCAGACAACCAACCGAGUCAGUGUGUGUAAUGAACCAUGGUGUACCAACCACUAUGUGUGUCAACCAUAAAGCCACAUCCCCCACCUGAUAGUACCGUAUUUUGCGUGUGUGUGUGUGCGUGCGUGAGUGAGAGAGAGCGCGUGCUGUGUGUUUGUUGUAGAUUAGCACUUUUCUUUGAGUUGUGACAGGGAAUAAUUCAGCGUAGAUGUAGCACAGAAGCUAGUUGUUCAGCCGUAUGUAGCGCGGUUUGGUUUGUGGUUUAUCGUGCUGUGCGAAGUGCCUGUUGUUUUUCUGUUCGUGAGUGUCAGUGUUGUACAAGGUGCUUGUAUGUGCUGGUGUUGAGUAAAUCUUUCUUUUAUCUCGUUGAAGUGUUUGUUUUUGGUGGUUUAAAUGUUGUAAAAAUGUUACUCCAGUCGCUAAUCAUUUCAGUGGGAAAAAAAGAAAACAAUGAAAACAUGUGCUCUGUGAUCAUGUGUGAGUAAAAAAAAGCAAUAGUUUUCCUGUAUUUUGUACAACUGUAGUUACCAUGUAGAAAUGCCUUUUGCACUGUUUGCACCGUUCACUUUUACAUUCCUUUCUGUAAAACAAACGACAGAUUUGAUAUAUUUUGUAGCUCACAUGUUUGGCUGGCAACUUUCGAGAUGCACCGUGUCCUAAUCAGGCGCGACCUAACAUGCUGGGAAGCUCCGCCCACAAUUGAAUCUCAUUGGUCCAAAAUUUCACUCAUAUUUGAUGUUUAAUAUACAUCGUCAGUAGCUGUGAU